GUUAGAGCUCGUGGAGGGCUGCUUCCUACAGGGCGUCUUCUACGCGGAGCCUCACAUGAUGAUGCCGGGCACCGAGCGCAGUAAGAUGCUCAGCGCCGUUGAGUGCCAACGGCGCUGUGCCAAUGUCGAGGGUUGCCGACAUUUCACCUACUGGCCCGAUGGUGGAUGUCUCCUGACAGAUGCCACGUCAAAGCCCCACGCAGCACCCUAUGAGUUCUCAGAGACCAUCGUGGGACCUCCCAGCUGUCAUCCUGCGCUGCAGGCGCAGUGCAGAGCCCAGCAGAGCGUUCCGGCCGCCGUGGUUCCCGGUUUGAACGGCACCCGCUGCGAGAACUACCCCGCCUGCAGGGCCGUGGGUCUGGAAGGCCAUUGCUGCCCCAACCGGGAGUCGUUGGACUGA